AUGGCAAGUUUUGACACAAAUAAGCCGACCAGAUGCGAUGAACGUGGAGGAAGUUUUGCUGCUGAAGGUAUAUCGGAAUUUUCCACCGAUAAGGUGUUUAAGUCUCAUCAAGAUUUAACGGAUUGGGUGCAAAAUAUGGGACGUUCUCUUGGUUACGUUAUUGUUAUUAAAAGAACAAAUGCACGACCUUGUGGGUAUGUAUAUAAAAUUAGACUUAUGUGUGAUCGUAGUGGUGUAUACAAAAAUAAAAGUCUGGUUGCAAAUCCUACGAGCAAAAAGACUAACUGCCCGUUCGAAUUGGAAGGAAACUAUUCGUGCAAGUACGAUUGUUGGAAGUUAAGGGUGAUAUGUGAAAAACACAACCACGAACCUGCACUAAAUAUGAAGGGUCAUCCAUAUGCAAUGCGUUUGUCUAAAGAUGAAGCUCGUUUGGUGCUAGAUUUGUCAAAGAAGAAUAUGAAACCGCAAGCAAUUCUAGCAAUACUGAAGAAGCAAAAUGCAAAUAAUAUGUCCACGAUGAGUACCAUUUAUAAUGCACUUACUAAGUUUCGGAAGAGUGGGCUGCUAGAAAAAUCUAAGGGACAACCCACCACCGGUGAAGAAAUUGCAUCUAUGAGCUCACACACAGUUGAUGGAAACAAGUCCAAAAGAGCUGUUAAUCGCUCUUAUCAGUUUGGAUUAUCAAACACAUGCAAAAAUAAAACUUUUAUGGAACAACCGAUCAAUGGUGUAAAAAGUUAUGUGAACCCCAUGUGCCCUGCACAUACAUUUGAUGCGAACAAGUCGAAGAGAAGUAUUGAUCAUUCGGAUCAAUUUGCAGACCCAGACACUUUUGAAACAAAUACAGAAACAUUCACAGAAAAAGCAAUCAACCAUGAAGACAGUGCAUCUCCGAACCAAAUGUACCCUGGAUAUGUAUUUGAUGCAAACAAGUCAACAAGAACCAUUGAUUACAUUGAUCCAUUUUCAGUUCAUAACAGCUGUGAAACAAGUAGGGAAGUAUUCAUGGGACAGCCAAUCAAGCGUGAAGAAGAUGCAUCCCAGAGCCCUGUAUACGCUGCAUACACAUUUGAUGCAGACAAGUCGAAGAGACCUAUAGAUCAUAUGGAUCCGUUUGUUAUUGAAAACUGGGUGCAAGAGCUUGAUUCAGCUAAAUUUGGUGCUGUUAAACAAGAUAUAGAAGAUCAUAUGCCAAGAGAACAGAUGAUUCCUUCGUUUAGAAGGGUUCCCUCACCUCAGAUCGAUUUGAUGGAGACAUUUCCAGUGAGAAAUAUUUCCAUUGCAAAUGUUGUGAGGGAUGUGUUUAUGUGUACUGAUGGCAAGGGUCAUGAUACAAGUGCACCAGAUGCUAAUCUCAUAGCCUUCCCGGAUAAUGAACCCACAUUUGCGAGGCCUUUUCAACCAUAUCGAGACAUGGUCUUAAGUAAGCCUGAUAGGCAGUUUUUGAUGAAACAGUUUUUGGAGGAAGAUAAUGCACAUGGGCAAUCUUCAAGGGGUAAUAGCGGAGAAGUAGACGACGGUGCAGAAGAAUAUCGGACGAAUACAGCUGUUGAGCCAAUAGAUGAAGAAGACAAAGACAUGAAUGUUGAUAGUGAUGUUGAGGUUGAAAAGAAGUACGAUAAAGGUGUUCAAUUUGAUUCGAAACUUGUGGCGAGUUCUCACCCAAAAAAAUCAACCCGAGGUGAUGAAAAUGAAAGAAAUUUGGAAGUGGAAGGCACAUCAGGAUUCUCUACUAACAUGAUGUUUAAGUCUUGUCAAGAUUUAAUAGAUUGGGUGCAAAAUGUGGGUCAUUCUCUUGGUUACUUUAUUGUCACUAAAAGAUCCAAUGCACAACCUAGUGGGGAUGUAUAUAAGGUUAGCCUUAUGUGUGAUCGUGGUGGUAUAUUCAAAAGUAAAAGCUCCAUUAGAAAAAAUACCCGGAGCAAAAAGACCAACUGCCCAUUUGAAUUGGAAGGAAAAAAGUCGAGGAGGCAUGGUUCUUGGACAUUAAGGGUGAUGUGUGAAGACCAUAAUCAUGAACCUGCACUACAUAUGGAGAAUCAUCCAUUUGCAAAGCGCUUGUCUGAAGAUGAAAUUCGUUUGGUGCUAGAUUUGUCAAAGAAAAAUGUAAGCCCACUAGAAAUCCUAUCAACGCUGAAGGCACAAAACAAAAAUAAUUUUUCCACGCUUAGCACCAUCUACAAUUUACGGCAGAAGUUUCGGAGGACCAACAAUGCAGAAAUAUCCAUGGGACUGCCCAUUGAUAGUGAAGGAAGUGCAUCUGCAACUCGAGAGUACACCGCAUACACAUUUGAUGCAAACAAGUCGGAAAGCACUAUUGGUCACACAGAUCCAUCUCGUAAACUAGAUACAUCAUACAUGUGUUUUAAGUAUGAUUAA